CCUCAAGAAGACAGCCCAAAAAUACUGAAAAACGCGGUAAAACCAGCGAAAAUGUUACCGUAAGGCAGUUUAAUCGUAUAAUUGCGUUACGAGUUACCUACAGUGUUGACUUCUUUUGUCGAAGGGGUGGAAAACUUUGACCGUCUGGUCACUUCCUGUAAAUUUGGUGACGUAGCAUAGUUCCAAGAUGGCCGACCCUACCAAGCAAGACAUCGCCGCAAUCUUCAAGAAACUUCGGUCUAUCCCGACAAAUAAGAUAUGUUUUGAUUGUCAAGCCAAUAACCCGACAUGGAGUUCCGUGACCUAUGGGGUCUUCCUGUGCAUUGACUGCUCAGCGACUCACCGCUCGCUGGGUGUGCAUCUGUCCUUUGUCAGGUCCACUCAGCUGGACACAAACUGGACAUGGCACCAGCUGCGCUGUAUGCAGGCGGGCGGGAAUGCCCAUGCUGAGCAGUUUUUUCGCCAACACGGCUGCACGACUAACGACGCCAAGAUGAAGUACAACAGUCGUGCCGCGACCUUGUACAAGGACAAGUUACACGGCUUGGCUUCUGCCGCCAUGAGGAAAUAUGGAACACAGCUCCACAUUGACACACACGGGCACAUGCACGAGCCCACCUCGCCUGAACACAAGGAGGUCGACUUUUUUGACGAGCACGUGAACGGGACAAAAGUGGCGCCCGUCUCGCCCGCCGCCCCCAGUCUGGUUGGGUCGGCCCUGUCCACUCCGAUACAGAUGCCAACCAAUGGGAAGAAGGCAGAAGAAUCAGGUAAUGACUGCUCACUUGUCCAAAUGUUUUCAUGGUUAGCCUGGGCAGGGAUGGACAAGUUUUCUAAAAAAGAUGCGGACGGACGGGCACCAGAUGUCCAUGCAGCCCUGAGCAUGUCCCCUACAGCAGCCAAGCUGACUGCAGCAGCUCUGACACCAACUCCAGAGGCAGCCCUGCUGUCAGGACACAGGCUAGCCUCAGAAAGUCACAAGCCCACUAUAGGCACCAGGAAACCAGCCAGUGCCAAGAAAACAAAAUCUGGGUUGGGAGCUAAGAAGGGAGGACUGGGUGCACAGAAAGUCAAGAAGGACUUCAAGUCGAUCGAGAAACAAGCCUUGGAGCAGGACAAGCUCAAAGCUGAGAUGGAUGCUCAGGUCAAGAAAGAAGAGAGCAAAGAGACCCCCAUGGUCCAGUCCAUGCGCCUAGCCUACCAAGACAUGAACAUGAGUAAGAACAUGAAACAGCAGGAGGAAAAGCUGAAGGCAUCGGACCCCCGCAAGGCAAAGCAGGCCGAGAGACUAGGGAUGGGGAUAGCUGGGACUAGGAGUGGCGUGUCCCACUCGGUCCAAGAGAUGAAGGUGAUUGACCAGGUCACGCCCGUGUCGUCCUCACGAAAGGAACGUGAUCGUGACGACUUUGACAGUUUCGACGACUUUGCAUCCAGCUACACUUCCGGACCCCCUAAAUAUAAUGACAACCCGUUCCGAGACCGCGGCCGGGACAGAGGUAACUAUGGCGAUGACGGACUGGGUGAUUUGAAGUGGGAGAAGAUAGACAGGAAGAGGGAAGAUGACUUUGCCCCAUCCAGGGAAAGAGAAGACAUGACACAAGAAGAGUGGCAAUCCGAACUGGAUGAAAGGACCAGCCGAAGGAAGGAGCCAGUCGGAAUGUCCUACUCCGAGACUGACGCGGCACAGACCAAGUUUGCCAAUGCCAAGAGCAUCUCUUCAGACCAGUUCUUCGGGAGGGAGAAACCAGAGUUUGAGGUUCAGCAGCGAUUGGACCGGUUCAGCGGGAAUCAGUCCAUCUCCAGCGCAGACCUGUUUGGUGAGGACAGGCCACGACAGUCGUCACGGAGCGCCGCAGACAUGGCCGGCCCAGACCUGUCCCAACUCAAGGAGGGGGUGAAAUCCACCGCCGCCAGAAUGGCCACUCUAGUCAACGGUGUCGUUAAUACCAUACAGGACAAGUACGGUUCUUGAGACCAGCGUCGCCAUGGCAAGAAGAUCUACCCAACACCAUGCAGCCUUUCUAUUUAUCUGCUGUUUAUUGAAUCACUCAUUCAAUCAACUUCCUGUACACUUCUACUAAAUCAACUUUAGAUUCAGUUUAUUUGAUUGGCAGGGCACAGAAAUAGAGAGAAAUAGAUGUAAAUCUGAUUUCUUUUGAGGUGGUUUUAUUUCCUGGUAGGAGGGAAAACACGUUUUUUGUGGUACUUUGGAAUUUGGACAAAUUUGGACACUGAUUGGUCCUAUUUGGGUAGUAGUUUGCUCCUAUGUUUGAUUCUACUACCCAAGAAACUUGAAAUGGUUUACUGAUUGCUGUAUCAAACGAGUGCUCUAGCACCCACUCCUUAAUUGGCUCAUUAACGCAUUAAUGUCACCACCAAACAAUUUGAAAAUAUACCCAGUGGGUAUGUAUGUACAAUAAAGGUCUUCAUUCAUUCAAUAUACAGUUCCCAAGACGGAUAGAAGAAGCAAACAUAGGACCAAACUACUAUCCUGAUGGUACUCAGGCCAAUGUGGUUUACAGAUUGUUGUGAAAACAGUAAAACAAAACCACCCCAAAUGUUUCAAGAUUUGCAGUAAAGAUAUUUCUGCUCUCAUUGUCAACAUAACUAAAAAGGAAAAAACAAAAACAGUUUCAUCAUCUCAAGGUAUUCUGCUAUGUGGAAAAAUGAAGAAAAAAAUGGUACGGAAAGCAUUUCUAGAAACUGCUUGUAGAAAGCAUAAAUGUUGAACAGAAUUUAGACUAUUUAAAAUCCAAGCAA